CCGGGUCUUUCUAUGUUAUUCAUCUACUUAUUCUCAUAUGACCAUGAAAGUGCGCUUGCCUCCAGAUUACGUUUUCGCCUCAAUCCUUGUCACCAUCGGGAACUUCUCCAAUGGUUUUGACACAGGCUCAAUCGGCGCUUUGCUCUCCCUGGCGCAGUUUAGCCGAUCUAUAGGACAUGAUCUCCAUUCCUCUCAGGAUUCACAGUCGCGCUUAUGAUGCUAGCGGGUGUUCUUACAUCCCUUAUAGCCGGUCAUAUGGCGGACGGAUUUGGUCGACCGCGAAUAUCUUGC